AGAUCAAUAGUUGUAUGCUUUAUCAUCAGUUGUGGUUUUAGUAUAACUUUGGUUACUCAUUAGUCAUUACUACUUUGGUUUCAUAUUUCGACUCUAAUGGCUAAUCACUGAUUACUUUAGUGAAGAUCUUGCUCCUAUGAUCAAAAGUUGUAUGCUUUAUCAUAAGUUGUGGUUUUAGUAUAACACACAACUCGAGACAUGGUUCUUAGAUUCAGAAAGAUGGAGUCUUUGUGGUCUGAAAUUGUCAUAUUACGAAAAUUAUAGCGAGAGGAUCUUGACUGGUUUUGCAGAAUUGGCGGAGAUAUUUUGACUGUUGGGUUAUGAGAAAAGCUUCGACAUUUCUUCUCGGAAACAGCAUCGAGAGUUUUCAGGGAUGGCGAUUUGGGUACGAAGUGUUUAUGUUCAACCAUUUAAAAAGCCAAAAACUCUACGAGGGAUUGUCAAUAGAGUUGAAGAUGGUGACGGGAUGCAUAAGGAAGAACAGUUUAGUGAAAGCACUGAACCUGUUCGACGAAAUGCCCGUGAGAGAUUAUAUUCUGGAACUUGAUAGUUUGUUUUAUCGAAUGCCCAACACGAGAUUUUUUUUUUGGGAUCCAAGUAGAUUUUCUAUAUGCAGCUAGAGAAGAAGUAGAGCUGAAGGAGACAGAGACGACGAGAAAACCAAAUUGCUUCAACUGAGUUGUCUUUAUAGAAUCGUCUGAUGUAAGGGGAGCUUUUGAAAGGUAUUUUGCCAGUGUAGACUAGUUUAUUCGUUUUUGCAGUAAGUUUAAAUUCAUUUAUUUAGAUAAUAUGCCGCUUGACUUCCUAAUCUUAAUAGCAUGCCUCUUAAUAUUGAGUAAUUAGUAGUAUUUGUUGGAUACUCAUCUUGGUUUUAUAAAAAAUCUUCAAUAUUUGGUCGAUGAUAAUUCUUUUGAGCAACUUUUCAACAAAAUGAAAGUGGAUUAGAGAGACACUUGUGUUGAAACCAGAGAGAUGAGUGGCAUCCACGUCAUGAGUUUAAAAGUGAUCCUCCCACGCAUGUUUUCAUUAGUGUAAAAACUUUAACUUUCCAAAGUGAUUAUUUUAAGCAUUGGACCAUUCCCAAUUAACUUUAACUUUUUUAUCAUGGUCACCAAAGAUGCAGCUUUGUGUCACACUUGUUGUACGUGGAAAAGAUAUUCCAAAAUUAGAACAAAAUGUAAUUUCUGGUUUGAUUAAAUUUAAACGCUUUUCUACGAGUAUUAAAAAGAGAGAGAGCAAAAAGGAAUUUGGUGAAUUCCUCGGAAGGCUUUGGGACCUAGAGAAUCCAUGGGUAUCACUCUCAUUAAUUCAACUCUGCUCUAUAUGGACGCAAACCUGGAACGUUUAGGCGACAUAUAUCCUUACUUGAGCUUUUUUUGGUUCAUAGGGAUGUGCCUCAAGAGUUUUCAGUUCCUUAAAAUUCUAAUUUUGGUUCCUUAAGCAUGCUUACAGUUUUAGGGUUGGGAGCAAAUGUAGUUACUCUUCUUCUGAUCUUGAUACUCACAGUAAUGAGAAGGAGUGGUCAAUGUAACAGAAGGCUACAUUGAAAAGAGUGUGUUGUAUGUAAUACCUGCACUUGGAGCAUGUUUUUCUUGCGUGGACCUUGUGGUGCUUGUGAGGACAAAGCCUAGGAGAGAUUUCAUUCUUUUCUUUCUCCCUUUGUCUCGUUUCGCAAUGUGGAUUGCCGUCAUGCUCUCAUCGAAGUUUUCAUGUGCUUGCUGCGUUUUCAGUAGCCGGAUCCUAUGUUUCUGGUGGAUCCUUAGAUUCCUAACGGAAGCCCUUCAUCUCAACAUGAUUUUCAGUUUACAGACUUUGGAGAUUUGCCUGAUCAUGUUGGACAUUGCUUUUGGUAUCUCUAUCAACGUCCUUAGGAUAAAGCAGGGGACUCCCAAGAUCAGUUCUUUGGAAGAUCCACUUAUUGAGGAUGGUGACGAUCAAAGGCACAUUAAAACUAUCCGCUGGUGGGAUUUAUUCACUUUUGGAUAUAUCGGUUUAGUAAUGAAACAUGGCUCGAUGAAGCAGCUCGAAUUUGAAGAUCUACUUCCACUUCCACCUGAUAUGGAUCCUUCUACAUGUUGUGAGAAUUUAUUGAGAUGCUGGCAAGUUCAAGAGUGCAAUAAUUGCUCAAAUCCAUCACUAUUCUGGUCAAUUUCUGGUGUGUAUGGAUGGCCAUAUUUUCGUCUUGGACUCUUGAAGGUGUUCAAUGAUUGCAUCGGCUUUGCAGGCCCCUUAUUGCUCAACAGACUUAUCAAUUAUCUUGAAAAAGGUUCGGAAAGUUCCGUUGGCUAUACCCUCGCUAUCUCCUUGGGCCUCACAUCUAUCUUUAAGUCCUUUCUUGAUACACAAUACACAUUUCGUCUUUCAAAGCUUAAACUGAAGCUCCGAUCUAGUAUAAUGAGUGUCAUCUACAGGAAGUGUUUGUGGGUGAACACAGCAAACCGUUCAGGAUUUUCUGAAGGCGAGAUUCAAACAUUUAUGUCUGUAGAUGCUGACCGCAUUGUCAAUUUGUGCAACAGCUUGCAUGACAUGUGGAGCCUGCCUCUGCAAAUUGGAAUAGCUUUGUAUCUUUUGUAUACUCAAGUCAAGUUUGCUUUUCUGUCUGGACUUGCAAUUACCAUCUUACUGAUACCAGUCAAUAAAUGGAUAUCUGUGCUGAUUGCGUCUGCAACCGAGAAAAUGAUGAAGCUAAAAGAUGAGAGGAUUAGAAAGACAGGAGAGCUUCUAACAAACAUCCGCACACUUAAAAUGUAUGGGUGGGAUAACUGGUUUGCUAAUUGGUUGAAGGAAACAAGAGCCACUGAAGUGACUCACCUAGCGACGCGGAAGUAUUUGGAUGCUUGGUGUGUAUUCUUUUGGGCAACGACACCAACUCUUUUCUCUCUUUGCACUUUUGGUCUCUUUGCACUGAUGGGUCAUCAACUUGAUGCUGCGACGGUUUUUACUUGUCUUGCUUUGUUUAAUAGCUUAAUAUCUCCAUUAAACUCGUUUCCAUGGGUCAUCAAUGGCCUCAUUGACGCCUUUAUAUCCACCAGGCGUGUGAGCAAGUUUCUGCGUUGUUUAGAGCAUAAUAAAGAUUCCUCUAUAGAUUCUGGUUUGAUCUCUGAAGACUUAGCUCUAUUAGUCGAAGAUGCAUCUUGUAUUUGGUCAAAUAACGUUGAAGAGGAAAAUAACUUGACAAUAAAACAUGUAAGCCUAAGAGUGCCGAAGGGAUCAUUUGUUGCAAUUAUCGGUGAGGUUGGUUCAGGUAAAACAUCUUUGUUGAAUUCACUGUUAGGCGAAAUGCAGUGUGUUCAUGGAUCAAUACUAUUAAAUGGGUCUGUGGCAUACGUUCCACAGGUCCCAUGGAUUUUAUCUGGAACUUUACGCGAAAAUAUUUUAUUUGGGAAGAAUUUUGACUCCAAAAGGUAUUUCGACACACUGAGUGCUUGCGCACUAGAUGUUGAUAUUUCACUUAUGGUCGGAGGUGACAUGGCAUUUAUAGGCGAUAAAGGAUUAAACUUAUCUGGAGGACAGAGAGCUCGGCUUGCUUUGGCCAGGGCUAUUUAUCAGGGUUCAGACAUGUAUCUGCUUGAUGAUGUACUGAGUGCAGUCGAUUCACAAGUAGGCUGUUGGAUUUUGCAAAGUGCACUUUUGGGUCCACUGUUGAACAAGAAGACUCGCAUUAUGUGCACUCACAACAUUCAGGCGAUAUCUUGUGCAGAUAUGGUUGUUGUGAUGGACAAAGGAAAAGUGAAAUGGUCAGGAACUGUUACUGAUAUGCCCAGAUCCAUCUCUCCUUCAUUUUCGCUAUCCAAUGAAUUUGAUAUGUCAUCCUCAAAACACCUGACUAAAAGAAAAGAAUCUCUUUCUAUCAAGAAAGAUGAUGUAGAUGAAGUUAGUGAAGCUGCAGAUAUUGUCAAAGUGGAGGAAAGAAAAGAGGGCCGAGUUGAAGUAACAGUUUAUAGGAACUAUGCUGUGUUUUCUGGUUGGUUCAUUACAAUUAUAAUAUUGGUUUCUGCGGUUUUGAUGCAAGCUUCCCGUAAUGGGAAUGAUUUAUGGCUAUCAUAUUGGGUUGAUAAGACGGGAAGAGGAGUGACACAGAACUCAACGUCGUUUUACCUGGUAAUACCCUGUCAGAAAACCAUUAGAUUUAACUCUAUUUCUCUGCAUUAUCGAGCGAAAUUACUACUAAUCUUGCAGAUGGUUCUCUGUAUCUUUUGCAUCAUAAACUCAAUAUUAACAUUGGUGAGGGCAUUCUCGUUUGCAUUUGGAGGACUAAAAGCAGCAGUGCGUGUUCAUAGUGCCUUAAUCUGUAAGCUUGUCAAUGCACCUACACAGUUCUUUGAUCAGACACCAAGUGGAAGAAUACUUAACAGGUUUUCCUCUGAUCUAUAUACAAUCGAUGACUCUCUCCCGUUUAUUCUCAACAUUCUUCUAGCAAAUUUCGUUGGCUUGUUAGGGAUUGUUGUAGUAUUGUCUUAUGUUCAGGUUCUAUUCCUCUUUCUGCUUCUGCCAUUUUGGUAUAUAUACAGCAAGCUUCAGCUCUUCUACAGAUCAACAUCUAGGGAACUACGAAGGUUGGACAGUGUUUCACGAUCACCAAUCUAUGCAUCCUUCACGGAGACACUUGAUGGAUCAUCAACUAUCAGGGCUUUUAAGUCUGAGGAGCAUUUCGUAUCUAGAUUUAUAGAUCACUUGACAUUAUACCAGCGAACUUCUUACUCAGAGAUAAUUGCAAGCUUGUGGCUCUCCUUGCGUCUUCAGUUGUUAGGAGCAAUGAUUGUCUUAUUUGUCGCUGUAAUGGCUGUUAUCGGCUCCCGGGGAAACUUUCCAAUCAGUUUUGGUACACCUGGAUUGGUGGGAUUGGCACUCUCAUAUGCAGCUCCACUGGUUUCUCUAUUAGGAAGCUUCUUGACAAGUUUUACCGAAACAGAGAAGGAAAUGGUUUCUGUUGAAAGGGUUCUCCAGUACAUGGAUGUGCCUCAAGAAGAAGUUUCCGGUCGACAAUCUCUCAACGGUAAGUGGCCGGUUCAAGGAUUGGUCGAGUUUCAUAAUGUGACAAUGAGGUACAGCUCAGCUCUGCCUCCGGCGCUAAACCACAUUUCUUUUACAAUCCAAGGAGGAAUACAGGUGGGAGUAAUAGGAAGAACUGGUGCCGGAAAAUCUUCAAUCUUGAAUGCCCUUUUCCGGCUUACUCCUGUUUGUAGUGGACAUAUAAUGGUGGAUGGAGUUAACAUAAACCAUCUUCCAAUUAGAGAGCUUCGUUCUCGCCUCGCUGUUGUUCCUCAGAGCCCUUUUCUGUUUCAAGGAUCAUUGAGGGAGAAUCUUGAUCCUCUUGGGUUGAGUGAGGAUUGGAGAAUCUGGGAGAUCCUAGAGAAGUGUAAAGUGAAGGCAGAAGUAGAGAGUGCAGGAGGGUUAGAUUCGAAUGUAAAGGAAUCUGGAUGUUCCUUCUCUGUUGGCCAGAGACAGCUUCUGUGCCUUGCACGUGCUCUACUCAAGUCAUCUAAGAUCCUAUGCCUUGAUGAAUGCACAGCCAACAUCGAUGUUCACACAGCUUCCCUACUGCACAACACAAUCUCCAGUGAAUGCCAAGGCGUAACCGUCAUUACCAUUGCUCACCGCAUUUCAACGGUUCUUGAUUUAGACAGCAUCUUAAUUCUUGAUCGCGGAAUCCUGGUUGAACAAGGAAAACCACAACAUCUUCUCCGAGAUGACGACUCAGCUUUCUCAAACUUUGUUAGAGCUUCAAAGUGAACUGUUGUUAGGAUCUGAUAGUUGUAACCUCUCAUCUUGGCUAUAAAACGCACAAUGUUCAUGUUUUACUUAUUAGAU